GAUACGAAUAUGGCACAGCUAUACCUUCAAGUGAUAAAUUCGUAACAUUCGUUACCAUGGCAAACAAUUGGAAUGUGAAACCAAGUUUUGGCACCAGUCAGCCGCAACCCACUGAGUAUCUUCCAUCUGAAGGCUACGCUUCACUUGGACAAAAUAUACCAGAGUUACCACUUGAAAAUUGUUCAGCUCAAUGUUCACCGCCUUCGGGUCCUCAUCCCUAUUUUCAAUCGAAUAGACAUCCUCAAUCAAUACCAAUUGAUACUCAACCGCAAUCGAUGACAUUUGCCAAACAACCUCAGCCUAACCUAAAUCCUGAUCGUAGAAUAUAUGUGACCGAAAACAAGGUUAAAUCAUAUUGCGAUACGUGUUGCUUCCUUUGCCUUCUAUGUAUGCAAGUAUGUAACGCGUGUGCAGAUAUCUGCAAUCUACUUGCUUCCUGUGCAACGCAAUAGCGAAUUCCAU